UCGCCAAAAGCGGCGCGAAGAGUUGACUUGAACAGAAAAUGGCGAACCUUUUCGAGUAACUUGGUUGUUAGAUAGUUUGUGUUUCAUGUUUAAAUUGUACAAAGAGACGUGACAUAUUAAUGGGACUUUAUUAACGUGCCGGGUGAAUGUGUGCACGUGUGUUACUUUCUGAAGCGCUGUGGUGAAGAGACCUCGUCGUAAGAAAAGACGUGUUAGCUAACCUUACCCCUAGCUUAGUCAGUAGCUUACACAGGAGUAAAUGGAUCUGAUGUUGUUUUCAAACAAUGGCAUUGCACAACGUCGUUUUUGUUAUUGAUGUCAACUGUCAAGGAUCUGAACACGCUUCAAGUUCUACUGAAAAUGGCAAAACCCACCUACUGAAACAGGGCAUUCUAAGAAUUCUGCUACAUUUCGGAUACAAAUAUGGAUUCGACAAAGUGCGUUGGGGUUACAAAUUCAUUCGGUCACUGGGGGGGCGAAAUGCGAACCUCGUUUCUCGAGGCUCGGAUUUCAAAGAACUACGAGACAAAACUUUUGAAGACUUUGAGGUAGAGUUUCAAUCCAAAUUGGAAGCAAGAGAGAAGACCGACACGUUUCCAAGGAAAUGUAACCGAUCUGUUACUAUACAAAACGCACUGAAAGAGGCGCUGCUGGAUUUCCAAUGGGACAGACCGGACAUAACAUCUCCCACCAAACUGUCAUUGAGACCUAGGAAGUCAAAUCGAACAACUAAGGGUUCUUCUCAACUGGAGGAGGACGUGUCAGGUGGUGGGAGAAAUGUGUUAUUUCUCGUGUCUGAGUGCCCGCACUCAAUGGCACAAAUGGACGCAUACAUUUGUCUACCUGAAAGUGAUAGCAACACGGAUGUGUCAGAGUUUAUCCUACCAAAAGGACUAACCGAAAUGUUUACCCAUCGUCAAGUUAUCCUUCACUGGGUAGACAGCAGUCAUUACCUCCAGGUGAUGAAAAGUGCGGACCAUCUGGGGUCUGACAGACUAGCAGAGGUGCUGAUUAAGGUGGGGGGCAGAGUGAUUCCCCUGGUUACACUUCUGGACCUCUGCUGUCAUCAGAACUCAUCUCAUGGGCUUGACACUGGCCUUGACACCACGGCUUCUACAGUGGGAAGGGAGGCCUUUCCUCUAGACGCCAGUAUCGGAUACCUUUUGUCCUCUCAGCGACUGAACCGCUUGGCUUUCCCUGUUCUCAGAGGAUUGCUUCAAUGGGAGCAAGGUGAUGCUCCUUAUGCCUGCAGUAUGUCAUUGCAACCCAUGGCAAGGAGACAGGGGAUCCUCCUCCCCCCAGUGACGGUGUGUCUGAAGGGGGUGCUUGAGGGCUGGGAGGCCCACUCUUCCACUGAGGUUGCCUCAGAGUCCUGGGUGCUGCAGAGUCCUGAUCCUUCAGACCACGACAAUGAAGCCUUCAAACAACUUCUGCGUGAACUCUUCACUCAGGAUGUGCAUAUGUUUGCUGAGGUGUGUGCCAGUGGCCUGAUCUGCUCGGCCGUCCUGUCCCCUCUGUCGAGUUUCACAGCCCUUCUCACCGUUUUUCAUCCUGCGAUCCACAACAACGAUGUCCUUACUGCUGAUGUAAUUGCCCCUGAUGCAUCUGCAGACCUACCUGAGGUGGUCAGCAGUGUUCUCGGAGUAGUCUAUGACAUUAUGGACAGAGAAGGAGAGAGUGCCCCGGUGAACAAUCUCCAGAUUCCUGACUGGGUGCAGCAAGAACUAAGUCAUUGGUCCAGCUCUCUGACAACUGGCCUUGUUGAGGGCUGGUUCCCUCAUUCUGACCAAUCAGGUGUUAGUUCUCACCUCAUGGAGUCAAUAAGGCUGCUGCAUGCAGUGCCAGAGUUGGUGGAAGAAGAAGGCCAGGGAGAGGAGCUGCCUGUUGCCCAGGAGGAUCUGGUCAACAGUCUGGCAGAACUCUACAAGACCUCACAGGGCCAUAGCAACAAGAGAGGCAGGAAACGUGGUGCCCAACGCACGCCAGUGAGACAGAAGAUGAAAACAAUGAGUCGCUCAUUGCAGAUGCUCAAUGUGGCCCGUCUGAAUGUAAAGGAGGCCCAGAAGAGCCAGUCUGAAACCGAGCCCCAAGGGACAGAGGGCAGGGGGCCAGAAAAGUUGGGAAAGAGACGCUCUGGAGACAAGGGCAAGGGUGGCGCAUCCACAACCCUCAUGUUUAAGAGUGAGGAGGAGCUGAAGUCCCACCUGAAGUCCAGCUACGACCAGACAGUGAUGGAGAGAGAGUCCUCCUUACUCACUGGAGCCCAGAACCUCAUUACAGCUGUGAAGAACUUCCUAGCGCCUAACCCAGAACUGGCAAUGCAGACCUCCUUGUUUGUCCAGCAGAACCUGCUUAAGUCUAGUAAAUCCAUCCGACAGUUUUAUGAAAACGCUGCAGACGCUGAAAUCAAAGUCAGAGAGUGCAAGCUCCAGACGGUGCUGAGGUUUGAGAUGUGCUGCCCCGCUGAGCAGUCUGACUCAUUGGAUACUGAGCAGAUGGUUGAAGAAGUGGCUGAUAUGUUGAGGAUCAUCUCCCGAACCAAAGACCCAGAAUAUCUGACCAAGUUACUGCAGGACGAAAUCCUCCCCCGCUUCCUGACAGCCAUCCCCAGGGUCCUUGCAGAUGUCUACCACAGUCUGGGCACCCAGCUGCCUGGCGCACUAAUGGCAGUGCUCCCCUCUGACUUCUUCAGUGAUGAGUCUGUGGCCAAGGACAGCAUAUCUCCCUGCUCCUCUUCUUCACAGCUCUCCGCUGCCCACAGUCUAGGCUCUCACGGUGGGGAACGACUACUGGACCUACGUGACCGUUCCACCAGUAGGAAAAGGAGUGGGAUGCUCACCCGGCACAGGAGUAUGACAGACGCAAAUCAGAGUCUCCGCCAGAUAGAGAUGCCCAGGAAAUCUACCAGAGUGGUCAAACCCAAGGUCUGUGUUGCUGUGGAAAAGCCAGCUACUGCGCCUCCCCCAGUCCCACCUAAGAACCAAGCAGCACAAGAGGUCACCAAGGUCAGGAGGAACCUGUUCAACCAGGACAACAUCUCCCCCUCCAAGAAAGCUAAGCUUCCCCGGAGCCAGUCUGUCUCUGCUGUGGAGGGACUGAAACGCAAGCGCGUGCGAGACACAGAUGAUGAUGAGCGGUGUAAAUUACUUACGAAGAAAGUGACUGAGACACCCCUUCACAAGCAGGUGUCCAAUCGUCUGCUGCACCGCCAGAAACUGGGCAGGAGAUCUGUCCCAACUGAACAGUGCAUCGUAGAGGAGUCCCCAGUGAAGCCCGCAGAAGACCUCAGGAGGAGUCCAAGAAUAAAGAACUUUGCAAGGAGACAUUCUAGUAUCUUCUACUCAACCACUCAACCUAGCUCCCGAAACCUAGGCAGGGCGCUUUCCUCUUCGCAGCUUCUCCCCAGUGACAGAAAAAAAGCUGGGGUUAAUCUGAGGGCUGUUCGGUCUCCUGUACGCCUUCUUUUUGGGGCCACACAGUCGCCUGGGGGUCCCUCUGCUUCAACCUCUUCAGAGAUCUAUGCAACCAGGGCCAGCAAGAGAAAGCUGUCCACAGAAUCUGAAGUUUUUGAGUCUCCCAACAAAACGGCAACAAGGUCUCCAGGUAAACGUGGCAGGGCCACUUGUGGGAGCAGGACACCUGGUACCACUCAGACCCCCAGGACACCUCAGACCCCUCGCUCCUCCAGGGCUCAGGCCCGCUCUGUUACAGAGAGCCCAGUAGAAGGGCCUUUCACUGGAAUGGCCAUAAGAGGCAGCCCAUUUAGAUCUCCAACCAGAAGGAGCCUGGUAUUGGAUACACCUCAGAAGGAAAGCCCCCUAAAAGGCAUUUUAAGAACACCAGUCAAACCAUUACUGGAGUGUAUGUCACCUGCUAGAGCUCGCUUGCUACAGAGCCCCUGUUCUAGAACCCCAAAGAAGAGUGUCACUUGGUCACCAUCGCCACAAAAACUUACACGUGCAGAAAACAUGGAUUUCAAGGUGCCAGAGUCUCCUACUCUAUCAACUCGAAGCUCCCCAAGACUAUUGGGAAAACCCAAUACAUUUUGCUGUCCACCCAGUAGUCCAAAAAGAGUGGGGAAUGUGUUCAAGAAAGAAAAAUUACCAAUACAUUACCAUGAAUUAUCACAAUCAAGGAGUCCAGAACUUUCUGUCGUGGUUUCUAAAGAGAUAUCUAAGAAAGAUUGCCAUCAAUCAUCUGAGAAGGUAUUUGGAGAGCCGAACACACCAGUAAAAACCACUUUUCCUAUCAUUGUUACCACACCUCUUGACAUGUCUCCCCCACCCAUGCUGAACAACAAAACCCCCAGUAAGACCCCCUGUCCUUCUCACUGCAUGCUCACUCGCUCUGGAGGAACUCCAGUCAAAGACUUGAAGCUCAAUUCUCCAUCCAGGAGCUUAAUCACUCCUGUAAAGGGUUCCACCACACCAUUAAGUCCUGAAACAUUACCAAAGACUCCCACUAAACCUUCCCUGAGAGAGUCUGGAGAUGCUACUGCUUCAUCAUCUUCAGGGAACCGUUUGAUUAGGACUAGGUCUUGCCAAAAUCUCAGGGUAGGAACCAGGAGAUCCCAGUCUUGUGAAAGCCUAGUACCAGUGCCAGGUAGCACUGAUUGUAAAAGUGCAGAGACCAGUCAUAGAGUGUCUACGGGAACAAUUCAGUCAGACUUUCCUGAUGGAAAGCAACUGCCUGAGUCCUGUCAAGGUUCUGAAGGGGAAACCGAGUCAGGGUCCCACACAGAUUCUCAACUGUGUGACUCCUCACAGCUUAGCACGGCAACCACAGAGGAGGAGAGUAUUGACAUUUCUGAUGCUGCUGUCAUGAAGACCCAGCUCACUGGAGGUAUCAAAAUGAACAUUAGCUUCUCCAGGAAUGUGACUGAGCCCCAAAAAACAUUUGUAUUCACAGCUGCCUCCCCCAAACCACCACUGCAUACCACACCUGGCCGAAUUUACGGUUUUCGGCAAACUCCUGACCGCCAGCAAAGGGAGGCAGCAGCGCGUUUGGGAUACUCCACUGAACCUCUGCGGUUCUCCUCACCUAGAACUCCUAGUCGCAAAAAGACGCAAACUAAUGCCUCCUCAAAUGCUCUUACAUACCAAGUAGAACUGGAAAUGCAGGCAUCUGGUCUUCCAAAGCUCAAGUUUAGACGCACAGAUUCCUUCAGUAACAAUGAUGAGGGAAGUGAUGGUGCUCCCAGAUCAGGAGCUCAUACUCCCUCGGGUGGUGUGAAACCUCUUCAAAUGGAAAGCCCUCUGGCCUUCUGCACCAAACACAGAGACCCAGGCUGUGUCUCACCAUCCCUCUGUGCCCAUGUGACCCCAGCCAAAAGCACCCCAGGAAAGGGCGGAAGCAUCCAGACGUACAUUUGCCAAUCCUACACCAUGUCCCCACUGGGCAUGGCUGACCUCCUCCCCUUGACCCCGUCCCCCCAGAGCCAUGGGAGGUCCACCCCAGAAUCCCUCAACAGCUGGCCCCGCAAGAAGAGGGCCCAGACUGGGGUGUUAGGGACCAAAGAUCGUGGCCCAAAAGGGGAACUGUUGAUGGAGGAGCUGGAGAUGCUGGAAGAUGCCGAUCUAGAAGGAGUUUACAGGCUACAGGAGACUGAGGAAACCGAAGGGCCCCCAGCCAAUGAAGCCCCACUAUUGAGCGUAAGGUUCAAUCAGACCUCUCCUGUUAAAAUAUCUGUAACAUCGCCAACCAACCAGCGAGAGGACAUACUCUGGAUGGAGAGCCUGGGUCUUGAGUCUGAUGAUGCUGAGCCUCUGGGAGGUGAAGAAAUAUUCCUCACUUCUGGAAAGGAUGUCCAGUCUGUGGUAACCACACCCAGUUCCAAAGUGCGGAAGCCCGUGUCUGCCAGUGGGAUCCUAGCCCUUACUCAGUCCCCCAUGCUAUUUAAGGGGAAACAAAGUUCUGCUUCCAAGAGAACUCUAAAAUGUGAAACUCCAUCUCAAAAGAGAGCAGAGUAUGAAGUAGAGCUCUCACCAUUCAGCCAACCUGCCAAACAUCAAGUACCAGGCAAGAGCUACAGCAGGAAAAGAUUGCUACCCUGAUCUGCACUGCCCCAAUAUUCUCUUAACUAUCAUACUGUUUAAAUCACAAGUAGAAAAAAAUGCCAAGUUAAGUUUUCUUUUCUUUUUUUUUCUUUUUUCACAAACAUCACUAAACACCAGUGGCAGGGUAUUUCCUAACAUUGGGUUGAAGACCAUUUCUUUUAUAUAAAUGAUGCAAUGCAAAUAUACACUUUUUAUUUUUAUUUGGUCCUGUGCAUUUCAAGAACCUUCCAAUAUCAUCUUUUAUUUUAAUUUGAUCUGGAUCACUAACAAUCAAGUCGCAUUCUGAAUUUUGAGGCAAGGGUGAUAAUUGUUAAUUUAUUGAUUUGUUUGUGUGUUUUUAAUGUCAACUUUUAAGUGAAAGGUGGAAACCGAUGUAAAUAUGUAACAUAUUGUUCAAUGUGUUUGUAAAUAAAAAUCAAUCUUUCUUAAGUAACAUACUUAUAUUUAUUAUAAUUGAUAUUGUUAAUGUUCUCUUUUGACCAGAAUGCUGUUUAUUGUUUGAGUCUUGCACGCAUCAGGCUUUAAGAGCCUGUAGUAAAAACGUAUUAUGUCCUACC